UAGGGAUGAAUCCUGACAGGCUCACAAGGGAAAUGUGAGCAAACCUGGUUAUCGCUUUUAACACAUUUCAUUGUAAUUCUGAUAUCAACUCAGCAUCGGACGUGGACGUUCUUCCUCACACUCCGGCAAUUCCACACAGCCGUGACCUUUCGUUACCAGCAGAGUCGUUUAAACCUGGUAAUUGGACGUAAAAUUGGGACACACUGUCGAGGUUUCCGCUUUAGACGUUGUCACAUUGCUAUGGUCGGGGCAGAGGUGAGAGCUCUGUCACCUGAAGAUUUGACCUCGCAAGAUUGAAUCUAGAACGAUCUUACUGGAAAUGGACGACGUAAUGCAAUUCCAGGGCGUCACAUGAGAGUUGCUACGUGAUGCCGUAAGAUGAACACCAGCAACAUCAGCAAGUUGGCGUACUACAGAGACCAAUGGGAGAGUCGACAACGGCUACAAACACGUAUCUUCAGGGCAACUGUAGCUGUAGGUGUCCUGGACGCUGUGUGGGUCGUGUUCGUCAACCUCCUUCUGAUAUGCGUCCUCCUGUCCUCAAGAAGGCUCCGGGGUGUGUUCAGAAACCAACUCAUCGUCAACAUAGCUGUGUCAGACCUGAUGAUCGGAGUCAUAUGUAUCCCUCUCAAGGUGGACUUUGCUUUAAACCGCAAAAGGAACUAUGGCUGCACGAUGCAUGUGGCUUAUCAAAUCAUUGAAAUAUAUUUACAGAUUUUUGUAGCAAGCUGGUGCAUUGUCAUGGUCAACUUUGACUUCAUAUUAGAGAGGCUUCAAAUAGCCCGCCCCCGACUGUCUCGAAGCUGCAGAACUCUGUUGUCAGUGCAACUGUUGGCGUUGCCAUGGGCAAUUGCCUGCAUUGUGAUCAUGCCCAUAAUAUUUGUCAGCCUACACCCGAUAUGGUCCGUCAGCUCGUGGAGUGAGCGAUAUUGUCCAAUACUUCUGGUCAAAUGGGCGACAGUGACAUUAUCUGUCUUAUGCUUCUUCCUGCCUGGAAUUAUCAUUCUGUUCCAGGUGGGGGCAAUCUUAGCUAUCUUUUACAAGAAAAGGCCAGCAGGCGUGGCAAGUCUUGGUCUGCUGACAUAUUCCGACUCUGCUCGUGACACUGCUGUUAUUACCAGUGCCAGCUUGGUGACAGUCUUAAUGUUAUGUGGGGAGGAAAUAUGGUUCGUCAUGGCGGACUACAUGGGAUCCUCGUGGACGUACCAUACCAUGGUCCUAUCCGGCUUUAUCUUUGGCGUAUGCGCAGACAUAAAAUCUGCAGUGCUUCCGAUUGUCUGGAUGGCGCUACCGGAAAUAUGGGAAACUAUCAAAUCCAAUCUAAGAUGGAGGCCAUGGCGGCAGUACGUACAACAUCAUGACGUCGAGGUGACGUAUUACAGAAAUUAUGGAGACGAUCUGAGCCCGUGACCCGCGCAUCAUGACUUCAAAGAAAUGAAGUAAUAAACCCAUGUAGACGACAGUCCGUGACAGGUCCAACAUGGAGACGUACUACAGGUUCUGUAAAUAUGAUCUGGAUGCGUUUCACGUGCAUCGUGACGUCAUGGUGACGUAUUUCAAAAACUAUGGAAACGGUCUGAGCCAGUGACAUGUUCAUCCUCAUAUGGUGAGGAACUACAAGAUGGUUCGAGUCAACUAAUUAUGUACCGUAACGUCAUUCAGGCGUAUUACCGAACCUUGGGGAACGGCCGUAGAGGAUAAACAUGCAGUUAAUGUAUCUGUUAUAUAUGAUUACUCGUAAUCCUACAGCUAGGUAUAUCUGCAACGGAUAUAUCCAUGACUGUCACUUUGUAUGUGUAUAUCUAAGGGAGACAACUGCAAGUGGGCAUAUUGGUAUAAAGAGAGAUACACACUCUUAAAUAUUGCAUAUUGCACGUAUUUUGUCACGAACAAUAAACUAGUUACCCCUUGA